GAUUUUCACGCUGAUCUCUCCAUAUCAGAAUUUCCCUUUUUGUAUGUACACGUGUCUCCUCUGGUCCUGUGGAGAUGAAAAUUGACAUCCACACUCAUAUUCUACCAAAGGAAUGGCCCGAUCUAGAAAAGAGGUUUGGCUAUGGAGGCUGGGUGCAGCUCCAACAGCAAGGCAAGGGAGAAGCAAAGAUGAUAAAAGAUGGGAAGCUCUUCAGAGUGAUCCAACAGAACUGCUGGGACCCAGAAGUUCGUAUCAGAGAAAUGAACCAGAAAGGAGUGACAGUCCAAGCUCUUUCCACAGUUCCUGUCAUGUUUAGCUACUGGGCCAAACCUAAGGAUACUUUGGAGCUGUGCCAGUUUUUAAACAAUGACCUAGCUGCCACCGUUGCCAGAUACCCUCGAAGGUUUGUGGGUUUGGGGACGUUGCCUAUGCAAGCCCCGGAGCUGGCCGUCGAGGAGAUGGAGCGUUGUGUUAAGGCGCUAGGAUUUCCAGGAAUCCAGAUUGGCUCCCACAUCAACACAUGGGACCUGAAUGACCCGGAACUCUUCCCAAUCUAUGCUGCGGCCGAGAGGCUGAACUGUUCUCUGUUCGUGCAUCCCUGGGAUAUGCAGAUGGAUGGACGAAUGGCCAAAUACUGGCUGCCUUGGCUCGUAGGAAUGCCAUCGGAGACCACCAUGGCCAUUUGCUCCAUGAUCAUGGGUGGGGUGUUUGAGAAGUUUCCCAAACUCAAAGUGUGCUUCGCACACGGAGGUGGUGCUUUCCCCUUCACCAUAGGAAGAAUUGCCCAUGGAUUCAACAUGCGCCCAGAUCUCUGUGCCCAGGACAAUCCGUCUGACCCCAGAAAAUACCUUGGCUCCUUCUACACAGACUCCCUGGUUCACGAUCCUCUGUCUCUCAAGCUAUUGACAGAUGUCAUAGGAAAGGAUAAAGUCAUGCUGGGAACUGAUUACCCCUUUCCUCUGGGCGAGCAGGAGCCUGGGAAGCUGAUAGAGUCCAUGGCAGAGUUUGAUGAAGAAACAAAGGAUAAACUUACAGCUGGCAAUGCCUUGGCUUUUUUGGGUCUUGAGAGAAAACUAUUUGAAUGACAGAAUUAAGCACACACAAAAAAACUUUCGAGAAGCUACGUCACUUCUGUUUUUGAACAUGAGCUAUACACACAUCUAUUUUGAAUUAUGUUACCCCAAAAAUGGAAUAUCCCCCUCAGGAUGAAGCAAGAGGAUCAGCAAUUCAAGUUCCAGACCAGUCUGGGCUACUUGAGACUGUCUAAAACAAGGGUGGGGGUAAUAUUUUCAAUAUUCUAACUUAUUAAUAACAAAAUGUUUUAUAAGGUCUUUAUUCUGAAAUGUAAUAUUCUGAGAAGUGUAUAUUACUACAUAGCAAAUCAAAACCAUUUGAUUUGAAAGAGAUAAAAAAUUAAUAUAUAAUUAAUGAUUUAAAUAGAAAAAUCCAAUACCAGCUUUAUUCUAGAAGGCUCGGGGUCUCUAUGUUGACUGAAGAUAUGGGAAAUGUACCCAAAUAAUAAGGUUUUUUCCAGUUGUAACCCUUUCUGCUAGCCUAGUCAUUCAAUGGGAAUGUUUUUAUCUUUGUAAAGUACACAUAGGCUAUGCACAAGCUCAAAUGUUCUAAAAGCCAGUUAAGAAAGCAAGGUAAAUGCUUAUGGAAUAAAUGCUGACCCAACACAAAAUGGUUUUGAUUUGCAUAUGUAGUAAUGUACUACAAACUCAUUUUAGCCUCCCACAGUUGGAUAGAUCUUAGAAUUUGACCUGAGUCUGGAAGGAUGGAUGAACAUUUCUUUAAAAAGUAAAAAGAUGUUGGUCGGGCAUCACGGUACAUGCCUCUUACAUCAGCACUCAGGAGGCAGAGACAGGCAAUGGGUCUGUGUUUGAGGCCAGCUUGGUCUGCAUAGCAAGCUCUAGGAUAGCCAGCCAGUGAUACACAGUGAAACCUUGCCUCAAAAAGAAAUAGGUAGGCUUGGAGAGAUGGCUCAGCAAUUAAGAACACUGAUUGCUCUUCCAGAGGUCCUGAGUUCAAUUCCCAGCAACCACAUGGUGGCUCACAACCAUUUGUAAUGGGAUCUGAUGUCCUCUUCUGGUGUCACUGAAGAAAGUGACAGUGUACUCACAUACAUAAAAUAAAUAAUGUUUCUUUUAAAAAAUAAAUAUGUAAACAGAAGAUGGGAGCUGGACCAGAAGAGAAGAAGUUUGAAACCACAGGUGUGACUUAAGAGCGGAUGAAACUUUUCUAAAAGGAAUGUCAUCUAUACGUUUCCCUUUAGCAGAGCAGGAGGCAGAGUUAACUCUGGGGAGGGAGGAACACCAUGACACCCUUGUUCUAGGCCCUUACUGCUCCACCUGAGUAGCUGUAAAGGAACUUGGGCAUGGGGUGGGGUGGCAGGCAGCAUCUCUCCUCCACAUGCCUAUGGCUGCAUCAAAUAAUCCUUCCAUAGCACACGCUUAACUUUGGACUCACGCAUAACUCCCUUCCUUUCCAUUCUAGUACAAAGCCAGGCUCCCUAUUAACAGGUGACUGGAGCUGCCUCGAUGACAGAGAAAGAAGAGAGCUAACUAAUACCCAUGACCCCAUUCUGCUCUUCUCCCCAUCCAUGUCUCAAUGCUCCAUCUCCUUCCUGAUCUCUUGUUUUCUAGAAUUUUCACCAACUAUGACUCUACUUACUAGUCUAAUCUGUCUUGAAAGAAAAAUAAAGUUGAACAAAACAACACUUGGAA